GGGAGGGGGAGAGAGAGAGAGAGAGAGAGAGAAGGAAGAGGUUGGUGUAGCCAUAGAGAGGCGUAUAAGCCUGAAACAGGAAGUCUGUGGGUUUUUUUUCUGAUACACUCACACACACAGACAGACAGACACACACACACACACAGAGCUAAGAGGUGAGUGGCUGCGCCUUCUACACUGUGGCUUCAGCGAUGGCCAGACUGCGAGAGGCGGACCGAACCCCACAGCAGCAGCAGCAGCAGCAGCAGCCCAUGAACGGUGCCGAUCCGCAGCAGAGCCCGACUCCCAUGAAAGACCACGAUGCCAUCAAGCUCUUCAUCGGCCAGAUCCCUCGCAACCUGGAGGAGAACGACCUGAAGCCGCUCUUCGAGGAGUUCGGGAAGAUCUACGAGUUGACCAUCCUCAAGGACCGCUUCACAGGGAUGCACAAAGGUUGUGCUUUCCUGACUUACUGUGCAAGGGAUUCGGCUGUCAAGGCGCAGAAUGCACUACACGAACAGAAGACUCUGCCAGGGAUGAAUCGUCCCAUCCAGGUGAAGCCGGCUGACAGUGAGAGCCGUGGAGAAGACAGGAAGCUUUUUGUGGGGAUGCUGAACAAGCAGCAGACGGAGGAUGACGUGUACAGACUCUUUGAGCCCUUCGGUGGGAUUGAAGAGUGCACGGUUUUACGAGGCCCCGACAGCAACAGCAAAGGUUGUGCUUUUGUGAAGUUUUCCAGUCACACGGAAGCUCAGGUGGCAAUCAAUGCGCUUCAUGGGAGCCAGACUAUGGCGGGAGCCUCCUCCAGCCUGGUGGUGAAGUUUGCGGACACAGACAAGGAGCGUACGCUGAGGCGUAUGCAGCACAUGGUGGGACAGUUCGGGAUGUUCAACCCAAUGGCGUUUCAGUUUAACAACACGUACAGCACCUACGCUCAGGCGCUGAUGCAGCAGCAAGCCGCCCUGAUGGCCGCCAGCACACACACCGGGUACCUGAGUCCCAGCCCGGCCUUUCCGGCAGCACAGAUGCACCACGUGGCUGCCAUCAACCUGAACGGAUUAACUGCCACCCCCAUCACACCCACCUCAGGGCUGUCCUCACCACCCGGCAUGGCAGCCCCCCCCGUGCCCAGCAUCGUGUCCCCCAUCACAGUGAACGGCUUCACUGGCCUGUCCGCCCAGCCCAACGGGCAUCACACAGUGGAGGCAGUCUACACCAACGGAAUCCACCCCUAUCCAGCACAAAGCCCAUCAGCAGCCGAUGCCCUCCAGCAGGCCUUUACAGGCGUCCAACAAUACACAGCCAUGUACCCGACAGCUAUUGGCCAGAUCAGCCAAGCCUUCCCACAGCCGGCUCCUGUGGUAACACAGCAGAGAGAAGGCCCUGAAGGCUGCAAUCUCUUCAUUUACCACCUGCCCCAGGAGUUUGGAGACACUGAGCUCAUGCACAUGUUCCUGCCUUUCGGCUCCGUGAUCUCGUCCAAGGUUUUCAUGGAUCGUGCGACCAAUCAGAGCAAGUGCUUCGGUUUUGUGAGUUUUGAUAACCCCACCAGUGCUCAGGCUGCCAUCCAAGCUAUGAACGGUUUUCAGAUUGGGAUGAAGAGGUUAAAAGUUCAGCUAAAACGGCCAAAAGAUUCCAGCCGCCCUUACUGACUGAUGGUGAAGAUGGGCUGGAUUGUGAUUUCCUGGGGCUGGGAAUGUGCAGAAUGGGAGGAAGUAGUCUGGAGCGACUGGUUGUGAGUGGGG